GACGGACGGAGGGACAGAGACAAACAGACAGACAGACAGACAGACAGACAGACAGACAGACAGUCAGACAGACAGAGAGGGAAGAGGGUGGGGAAAGGGAGAGAGAGAGAGAAAAGGAGUGCGCCCGCGAUCCCAUAGCGGUCACACUGAUACUAAACACGUGACUAGUACAAUAACAACAGCAAACUAACUGACGGAACAUUUAGUCUGGUCAUUUUAUGAAUUGACCAAGAAUAUAUCAAAACAAGCAUUUUUUUCUCAUAAAAUUUGGCAAAAAUAUAUAGAAAAGGGCGUAAUAAAAAACCUUUUCUAGUAAAGUGGGUGAGAUUCAGGGUUCUUAAAAUUUUUUUGGAUCAAAAUUGCACUCGACAAAAUGCUCUCUGAUUAAGAAUUCUUAAACAUGUAAUGGCAUGUCAUGCUCGGAGGUAAUAGGAUAGUCCUCUCAUUAGGGAGCUUUUAUUAAAUAGUUGACCUAAAAUAUGUAAAAUAUGUUUACACUUAUCUGCUUAUGUGCUUAUUCAAGAUGAUUAGUUUCCAGACUCUCUCGCCCAGAUACCUCAAUAGUCGCAACGGUCCCCACCCUACCCCCACGGCGAUCUCAUAUAGGUUAAAUGGUCCGCCUCUCUCUAGUUAUUUGUGUAACAAAUACCAACAAUGAAAUAAAUGCUAAAAUUUAAGCCUUCUAGGUUUUUUGGUAUAAGAUUACUAUGAAGCGAUGAAACCAUUACUUUACAAGGGUCAGGUCAUCGAAGGCUAUUGGCCAAAGCCUAAGUGAUUGGCAUUACAAAUAACAUAACUUUAGAAAUGACAAGUCAAACUGAGGGGACGCCUUGUCAGAGCAGAGGCUUUUAGCGAUCAUCUAGAUAAGUUCUUUUGAAGAUCUUAAGCUCCAGUUCACAUUUAUGGGGUGAUUGGAUAUGGGGCGAUUGGAUUCGUGUUACACUAUUCCUGUAAGCCUUUCUUUGCUUGCUACAAGAUUUUAGACAGCGCCCAAGGGAUUUGCUAGAUCAUGCCUGUUACACUACUUCUGAAAUAGCACGUAGUUCAUUGCCUGUAGUUGCCUGUAUUGUUUUUUGCACUGUCUAAAAGAGGUUCUGGAGACACGAACUUCUAGAGACACGAAGAUGGGAAUAAUCAAGCAAAACAAUGGUGCAGUGCUAAAGGAUGGUUAUUUACUAAAACAAGGAGACAUGAUCAAGGUCCAAUGGCACCUUAGGUACUUCGUGCUGACCAGAGAAUGCCUGUGUUACUACAGAACAGAAAAAGAAUCCGAGAAAGAAACCCCAAGAGAAGUGAUAUUCUUUAACGACAUGUCACUUUACAUAGAGGAGAUCUCGGAUAAGCAACCGAAAACCAAGUACUGUAUUAGAAUAGUCAAACGCUCGGUCUCAGGAGUACGAUCUAUUUUACUGUCCUGUUUUUGCGAAGAAGAGAGAAAUGAAUGGCUAGCUCAACUUCUCCUAGCUAAGGCGAUAUCGCUCACAAGGGACCUGUCAUGGAUUGCAAGGGAUAACUCGGAGCGACCCUGUUCGGUUGAAAUUAGUAGCUCUAGCUACUACAGUGAAAAGCUAGUUUCUGCUAAAGAAGCCUUUAAUAAAUGCCGGCGGAAGCUGUCAAGCUCGGGUCGGAGUGUUUGCUCACUGGAGGAGCUAAGCCGUGCAAGCCCAACAGCCUCUGGCACUCCAGCCUAAAAAGACACGGUAGUAGUCCAUCACUUCCAGUCGGUCCAUUCCAGAUUGUCUCAAGUGUGCGUUCAGGCCAGAAACGGCAUUUCACUCGAGAGUCCUUUAUUCUAUAAAUUUGUUUUUUUUAGCUAACGGAAAAUUCAUCGAUAAUGGAACACCUUUGAACCGUUUCAAUCCGUUCAAGAUACCGCAAAUAUAAAACGAACAUUUUUAUUUAUUUAUCCAACUCUAGUGGUCAGAUUAUAUUUUUCCUAUGGAAAUAUAAAUCCAUAGUUGUGAGUUUAAUUGCAAGGAUAAUUCGUCAAUUAUUUACGUCGUUAUUUACCUAAAUCAUAGCCUAUGAUUCGGCUCUCCAGUGGGUUAAUUCGGAAAUUCCUGUUUUGGGGGUGUCGGGAUUCCUGUGGCGACCAAAAAACGGGGAUCCUGAACAACGAAAACACACAGAGUUACGUAAAUCAUAAGUAGAGAUCGUCCAUGAGGCGCACUGCAAACAAAUCAUGCAGUAAAAAACAUCUUGCUGCACUCAUCAACAUGUACUCUGACUUGUUUUUACUUAUCACAUCUUUAUCAAGGGUUAAAGGGGUCAUGUCAGUUCACAUAGUAACCCGGUCUGGCCCAGCGCCAGCAUUGUAAAGUCCAAGCAGCUCAUCAAGCUCGUAUUUCUUCGUGUAUUAAACCAUAUUUUUGAAAAUGCUAUUGACAAUAUCUUACUGUUCUGCUUUUAGGCGAGUACCUUUUAUAGUUUAUAAUUCAGAGUACGAGGGGGUAACUUGAGAAGGCAUUGUGCAAAGUCGAAUGUAAAAGUUGUUUAUCUCAUCCAAAUAUUGCUUAUAUGAAUGGAAUGAAGGACCUUACGUGAAAUUGCUAUGUGACAUCUGACCAUAGUAAAUGCCUGUUCUUGGUCAGAUAGCCCUAUCCGGGGCUAAAAUAAGAUACUUGCAGCAGCGCUUUUCGCAUGAAAAUAAAACGAUCUGAAGACGGUUUCAAA